AUGCUUUUCGAAAAUAAGUUAGAGAGUGAGAUAUAUGCACCAUGGAGGGAGUAUUUCAUCAACUACAGACGUUUGAAGAAGCUAUUAAAGGAGGGUGUCAUACUAAAAAAUAAUUGGACGGACCAAGAUGAACAAGCUUUUGUGAGUGCUUUAGACGAAGAAUUAGAAAGAGUAUAUACUUUUCAGCUGAAUGAAUUUGAUGAGUUAAAUGAAACGCUAGACCAGCUUCAAUUAGAGACGGAGAGUAGUCCAAAUUCAUUCGAUGUUGGUAAGUUUAGUUCGAAGCUUGAUGACACAUUGGCAAAGGCACAAGAGUUGGAUCAUUUUCAAAGGUUAAAUUACACAGGAUUUGUUAAAAUUGUCAAGAAGCAUGACAGGAUUCACCCACAAUUUCUGGUCAAGCCAUUGUUGAAUGUGCGCUUAAAAAGCUUACCUUUUCAUUCUGAGGACUAUAGUCCAUUGCUUUACAAGAUCUCUGCUCUUUUUCAGUUCUUGCGUGAAAACUACGAUAUUGAUCAGUCCUUAUCGAAGCUUUCAUCUUUCAAUGACGACACUCAACAACAAGAGUAUCAAUCUUUUAAGUUCUGGAUUCAUCCAGAUAAUCUAAUGGAAGUUAAAACAACAAUCUUACGUCAUUUACCGGUAUUGAUUUACGAUAAUAAGAAGCAAAUUUCGUAUUACGAUGAUGAUGCAGAUGAUGAGGAAAGUAACGAUCCUACCAUUAAUUGUUUGUAUUUUGAUAAUAAUAACUUUGAUUUGUACAACAAUAAGUUAGUAAAAAAUCAAAAUUCAUCAACUUUGAGGAUCAAAUGGAUUGGAAAGCUUAGUGAAAAGCCAAAAAUUACAAUUGAAAAGAAAAAUUUUGAUGCUACAUCUGAUAAUUUCAACAUUGACGAAAAAUUAACGGUCAAAGAAAAAUAUUUGGAUUCUUUCGUUAAAGGUAAGUUUGAUCCUGGUAAGAUAGCUCAAAAGAUGAAAAAAAGAGGUGAUGAUGAUGAAGUCAUUGCAGAUUAUACUGAUAAUGUUAACAAAUUGAGUCAGUUUAUCAAGGAUAACAAUUUACAGCCAUGUAUGAGAACUGUUUAUAAACGAACUGCCUUCCAAAUUCCUGGUGACGAUAAAGUGAGAGUAGUCAUUGAUUCUGAUCUUAUGUUCAUCAGGGAAGAUUCGUUCGAUACUGAACGUCCCAUUCGUGAUCCAUCUAAGUGGCACCGGACAGAUAUUGAUUCCAAAAUUGUGAAUCCUUAUUCUUUGUUAAGAAAAGGUGAAUUUUCAAAAUUUCCUUACUCUGUCAUGGAGAUCAAAGUCAGAUCGAAUCGUAAGAAGAGAUAUGUUUGGAUUGAUGACUUGAUAAGUUCUCACUUGGUAAAAGAAAUUCCAAACUUUUCAAAAUUCAUUCAAGGUGUGGCAUCUCUCUUUCUAGAAGAUGAAAAAUUAGAAAACAUUCCUCUCUGGUUCAAUGAAAUGGAAACUAGUAUUAAAGUUGAUCCACAGCAAGCGUUUAUCGAUUCCAAGAAGAGACUAGAAAAGAUCCAAAACGAUGAAGAAAAUCUUUCAAAAUUCAAAUCAAUGUUAUCGAAAGGCGAUACCUUUCAACCUCGCUCUAAGUCAUUCAGUGGCUCUGUAUUUAAUCGGCAGUUUGACUCAAGUCCAAGGAAUUCGCCUUCAAAAUCCUCGACUAUUGAAGGCUCGCAAAAUUUGAGCCAAUUAGAUCUUGAGGAGAAUCGGAACGUAACCGAUUUGGAUGAUGACCAAUCUUCAGAUGAAUCAGAGGACUACCAUGAUAGGCCGGCUCCUUUUUCGAAAUUAUUGAAAAUUCCGGAUACCUUCUCCAAGUUGUUAGACGUCGACUCUGAGGAUGAAGAAGUCGAACUUCCUGCAGGAGUAACGAAACCUUCAUCUUAUAUCAAAAAUGCGGGUCCAUUGAGAAUAGAACCUAAAGUAUGGCUAGCAAAUGAAAGAACUAUUAACAGAUGGCUCCAUGUGACGCUCUUACUUUCUUCGUUAACUGUUUUCAUCUAUUCCUCUGUUCUGAAAUCCCACUCGAUUGGCUUAUCGAAGACAUUAGCUUACAUUUAUUUCGGACUCACGGUAUUCUCGUGUCUUUGGGGAUAUUUUAUAUUCUUGAGAAGGAGAGAGAUUAUCAUGGAACGAUCAGGCAAACACUUGGAUAACAUUAUCGGUCCCUUAAUAAUAUCUUUAGGCUUGAUAAUUGGUCUCGUGAUUAAUUUUGUAUACGGCUGGAGAAGAAUUGCCCAAAACUCCGAAUUCACUACCUCUGGACUCACCGACUCCUUUUAUGAACACAACCCUAUGCAUAAAUCAAUUCAUGAGUUUGUUUUCAGACUAGUAGGUGCUGAUAAAUAUAUUUAA